AUGAGUUGGUAUACAGAGAUAGCUGAUAAUUUAGAAUCUUAUUAGAAAAUUGUUAAUGAAAAAAUCAAAUCAACCAAAGAUUUUAUUAGUUUAUUGUAAUCUAUAUUUCAAUUAGAAGAAUCCUAUUCUAAAAGUCUUGAAACUAUUGGUAGUUAACUUUGAAUAUUAUAGGCCUAUAGAUUUCAAAAUUAAUAAAUGAUAAAGAUAGAACUACAGAAUUAUUCACAAUUCUAAGAAGUUAUUUACUUAUUAAAUCAGAAUAAACUAAAUGUUUUGCCAUGUAAUUGAAUAAUACUUUAAUAUGUGAAUAAAAAGAAUAUUUGAUUAAGCAAGAUAAUUAUUUAAAAGAGUUACUUUAAUUUAAUCUAACAAACAAGAAGGAAUAUUAAUAAAAUUUCCAAACUCUAAAUUAAUUUACAAUAGAGUAUAAAAAUGCAAUAGAGGAAGAGAAAUAAUAUUAAUUAAAUAGAUUACAGAAGAAAAAAUUGAGCAUUGCUGUUAGUGAAUUAAGUUUUCAAAAUUUUAUUACUAUUUAUAAUUAAUACAUUGAUGCCUGUUGUAAAGAUGUUAUUAAUUUUUAAUAAAAUCUAUAAAAUUUAGAGUUAGAAAGAAAAAACCUAUUAUAGGAUUCACAUAUGAAGUUUAUAAUAUUUGAGAUUUCAGUAAUAAGGAAUUUAUAAUAUGAUUUAACAGGUAUUAGUUAAAAAUUAGAAUAAUAUCAACCAACUGAUUUGAAAUAAUAAUAAUAGAAAAAUAUAAUUAUAGACAAAAUUGACUUUGAAGUCAUUAAGAGAGAUGUUUAUUAAUAACUUAAUUUUAAACCAGAUAGUCAAAUAUUGAAUAAAGUGAAAAAACCAAUUUUUGAUCAAGUUAAAUCUAAAGAUUCAGAUAAUAAUGAAUUUAUUUCAGAAGAGAGUUUAAAUUAUUAAAAGAUAUUUCAAAAUGUUCUGUUAAAUAAUAGUGUUACAGAUGAAAUAAUUAAGAAAUUGAGUGAAUUAUUGGAAAUAGCUUUGCCAUAUAAUUAUACUUAAUGUUUGGAAUAAGUACUUUAGAAGAUGAUAUUUGAAAAAUAAUAGAAAACUAUAUCAUAAUACUAAGUCUCACAUGAAGUAUAUCUUUCAAUUUAAAAAUUAUUAAUCACUUUACUUGAUCAUUGUAACAAAUAUUAAGAUUAUGCAACAGUUAUUUUAGAGGCUUGUUUAUUUGCUAAAAAAAUAUUUAAAAGAGUAUACUUACCAACUGAAAAUAAAGAGAUUAAAUUAAAUGUUUUUGGUAUUUAAUAAAUUAAAUUUAAUAGAGGGUUUAAUGAAUCAUGAAGUAAUUUAAAAUUCUUAAAUAUGGAUUGAUUAAGCAAUGAAUAUGAAAAAGUAGCCUACUCAUAAAUUGUAUAUGUUUAAAGAAAAUUGUAAAUUGUUCUUGUAUUUUAGAUAAUAAAAAUUCUUAGAUUAAGUAUUAAGAUGAUGAAUAUAUAAAUGCUCUUUAAUAAAUUGGGUGUCAAAAAUAGAUAAUAGAAAAUAUAAGAAUCCUUUUAAAUAAAGAUAAUUAAAAUGUUUAAAACUGA